UCAGACUUUACGGAUAUUAAUGAAAGCAUCUGCUCUUCUAUCUUUAUAUUUCUACAAUUUUCAGUGAUUUCGAAACUUUCAUAUCAUACCCAACAAAACCCCUUUUGCCGCGGCAUCCCCAAACCCUAAAUUCCAUUUUGCCUCUCAAUUGAACCAUUCCAAUAGCAAAGGCCCUAUCAUGGGAGAUCGGUAUAUAUCUCAAUUUUCCACCACCGCCGCCGCUGAGCUUACCUCGGGUCAAGGCCAUGCCUUGACGAUGGCUUCACGCCAAGAUGACCUACUGGCCAAGAUAUCGGAGAUGGAGAAAUCUAUGGACAAGUUACCGGAGAUGGAGAAAACUCUGGGCCAAUUGUUCGAUUUGAUGAAAUUAAUAGCGCAGGAGCUUCGCUUACAAGGCCCCGGUCCAGCCAUAACGACGACGCCACUUCCACCUUCCACGGUGAUUGAGUACCGCAAUCCUAACCAUGAGGCUGAUGAUCUUUACCAAAGGCAGGGUAGGGCUUUAAAAAGAGAUUAGCUUGACUUGUUGUAUACAUCUCUCUUCUUUGUCCAUCUUGCCUGAUGAUUGGGAGCAUGCAUCAAUGACGGUAAAUCAAGGGGAAGCUAGAUCUAUAUGUUUACUCGGGUCAUCUUACUAUGACGGGAUUUACACUAAUGCAGUCUAUGAAGUGAAAUUCAAACACGGAGGAGAAGUCCCGCUAAUUAGACAUGUUGCCAAGUUCCAAGAGGGUUAUUUCCCUAAGGUUGCAAGGGUUUUCAACCACUCCAAUUUAUACUACUUUGGUGAUGACGGUGGAUUUAUUAUUGACACGGAGACUUGGUCAAAAUGUUCAUCUAUUCCUCCUACCCCAGCCUCCAAUUCACUAGAAACUAUUGUGUAUGCGUAUGAUAAGGUUUAUUAUCUUGCACGUCGAUCAAGCCUCGAACCAGUUACGGAGCCCUCCUUCGGGCGAUAUGAUCCUAAUCAGAAGGUUUGGGAGCAAAUGACUCCUUUUUCAUUUUAUGAUGAUUAUGAUCACCAUAUGCGAAUAACUGGUUAUGCCGUUUGUCAUGGCGUUAUUUUGUUUUCAUUGUGUGGCUUGAGAAACGGGAAUUUUUCCAUCGUUGCUUUUAAUGUGGGUAGAAUGGAUUGGAGUCGGGUGAAAGUUGACAAUUCUGCUUGCUGUGAUCCUCCUUUCCAAGGGAGGGCUGUGGUUGUAGGCAAGACUAUCUAUGCCUUAUACGGCGAGGCAGAGAUUAUAGCAUUCUCCUUUAAGAUGGAGAAAGGCGGUGAUGAUGAUAUUGCAUAUUCCCUAAGCCAACUUUUUAUAUUGCAAUGCCUGGAGUUCGCUCGUCCGCAAAUGCCAUGGUUUGACGAUUUGACACAGUAUUUGGUUUAUUUGGGGAACCAUGACUUUUUCUAUGUCCAGACUGGCUGGUGCGAUUCACAUCUCAAGGUUCAAUAUCUUAGUAUCACCACGUUUCAAAUUGUUGUUGGAGAAGGAGGAGGACAUAUGAUCAAGAUCAUACAUUCAACUGUUCAUUCUGUGGAUAUCAAGGGCUCUGAAUGGUUCGAUCUUGUUUUAUGUUUCACACCUGAGUGCGAGGAUUAUGAACACAUAGAAGAGGAGAGUAUGGCUAGUAUGAAUCAACCAAGACAAGAAAUAACUGCUAUGAAGCUGGAAAUAGAAGCCAUGCAGCAUGAAGAAGCGAAUGAUGCACGAAUCGGAUAUUAGGAAUUGUGAAAUAUGAAAAUUCAAAAGCAUUGGAUAGCCACCACCAAGAAGAAAAAAAUUCCUAUUUAGGUCAUUUAAUUUGUCUAUGUUGACUCCCGCUAAUUUUAAUUUUAUAUUUAUUAUAAGUUUGGCUUGAUUCUUCCGAAAGUAAGAUGGAAACUGUGGUACUGUGCUAAUCUUUUUAUGGAUUAGUUUUCCUCAAGCUGUGACCUGGUUCUAUUUUUGUUUUUUUUGGGUAUAAUAAUCUUUAUCCUUUAUGGCUU